GCAUUAAAAUCACCUUGGUUUGGGCUGGUAGUGCUUUGUGUACAUUAGAAGACGCUGUAGUGGUCCAGCAUCACCACACUUCUAUGGAACAAACUUGCUACAAGUUUUGAAAAAGGAUCUAAAAAAACCCAAGACCAAAACAACAAAAGCCAAGUCUCCUCUUGUAGCAAAGAUGUGUCCGAAGUUUGAAGAUUCCUGUCUGUGAAAAUCACGGUUGCAGUUCCUGAGCUUGUGCGUUUACCUGGUCAAGUAGAUGAUUGGAGUUUUGUCUGGAUUUUGAACUUUUUGACUGUGCAUUUUUGCAUGCACUCUGGAAUUCUGAACUGUCACUACAGGUGACAAGAGAGAAUGGGACUCCUUGCUUCAUCUGUUUGGAUUACAGUGAAAUAGUUGUGACCUAUUCUGCGUGUAGUUUAUGAAAAGACUGUGAUACUCAACAUAUAAUCUGCAGCUACAGAAGUUCACUAGUUUGGGCUAUUUGCCAGAAGUCUGAUUUGUGUUCUGUGAAAUCCAGAAAAACAACCAUUCAGGAGGUUUGAAUUAUAAACUAUUUUUUAGAAGUUCCUUGAAGUGCUAACGAUGGUUUCCUGCUAACUUAAAGUUAUUUUCUCAAGUGGGUUUUGAAAGGUUACACUCAGUGCACUAGCAGCAAUACUGUCUUGUGGGCUUCUUUUUUCUUCUUUUUUUUUUUUUUCCUUUUUCCAAAGCUUUGAUACGCAAACAAAAUAAGGUGUUCUUUUUUUUGUGUGAUAGACCCACUGCGUUAUACUUUGAACUGAGUAUCGAUUUUCCAGAUUUAAGUUUUUGUAUAAACAAUCCCAAGCCAAAUCCCUUGGUGUUUAUAGUGGCAACCAAAAAGAGAGGUCUGUAUUUCUGGGACUGGCAAUCCCUUUAUUUAAAAAGCUUAAAAUAUGUUUUUGUUGUACUAAACUUCUCAGUUUCUUCUUAUUACUCCAGGCUCCUGCAUCAGAGAAGCUCCCUGUUAUGUACCUUAUGGAUUCCAUUGUCAAGAAUGUGGGAAGAGAAUAUCUUACUGCAUUUACUAAAAACCUAGUUGCAACAUUUAUUUGUGUAUUUGAAAAGGUGGAUGAAAAUACUAGAAAAAGUUUAUUUAAAUUACGCUCCACAUGGGAUGAUAUUUUUCCUUUGAAGAAACUAUAUGCACUUGAUGUCAGAGUCAACUCAUUAGAUCCUGCUUGGCCAAUUAAACCUCUGCCCCCAAAUGUGAAUACUUCUAGCAUCCAUGUGAAUCCUAAGUUUUUAAAUAAAUCGCCAGAGGAAUCUACUGCACCUACCUCUGCUGUCACUUCUGGUGCCUCUACUCCUCCAGCUGUUCCUGAAAUACAAAAGAAUUUGACACAGGAGCAACUGAUAAGGCAGCAAUUGCUUGCAAAGCAAAAGCAGUUGUUAGAACUUCAGCAAAAAAAAUUAGAGCUGGAGCUGGAACAGACUAAAGCACAGUUGGCUGUAUCUCUUAGUGUUCAGCAAGGAUCAUCUACUAUAGCUUCAGUUCCAGCACCUUCCAAGCAACACGUGUCUCCCACACCUCAUAUGACAGUUAAACCACCUCAUCAAACUGCUGUGCAAUCCGAAAAAAAUAAACCAUCCCCAAGUCCUCCGCUUCAUGAUAUCAAAAUAGUAAAUAGGGAUCCUCGACUUAAUCGGAUGGCUCAACAUUCUUCUCACACUAAAGAUCAAUCUCAUCGGAAAGAAUUUCCACCGAACACGACCAGUCAGUCUGAUACCAAGGCAAACAAAACAACACAGGCUGAAAAACAAAACUCAAAGCAAGAAAAAUUAAAAGCAAGUGAAAAAACACAGAAGAAAGAACUUGACCAGUCAGAAGCAAAAUCUAAAUCACCAUCUCCUUUGAAAAAUAAGAUACCCAAUACUAAAGAUACUAAAACCCAGGAAUGUGAAAGCACAAAAGUAUCUGAAAUUAGUAAGCGGGAUCCAAGACUGAAAAGACAUCUUCAAGAUAAGUCAGAGGGCAAAGAGGAGGAGAUAAAAGAAAAGAGGAGAAAUAUAGAGAAAAAAGAAAAAGAGGAACAUAAGACAUGUGAACAUAGACCAGUAGGCAGCAGAAAUAAAGUAAUUAAUGGUGCUGUUCAGAAACAAGACACAAAUACAGAGGAGUCAGAAAAACAGGGUGGAAAACAAGGGAGAUCAAGUGGUAGAAAGCGAUCACGAUCACGGUCUCCUAAGGCACGGUCACCAUCUACACAUUCUCCAAAAAGACGAGAGAGGAGAUCACCCAAAAGACGACUUAGAAGUUUAUCUCCCACUUCAUCAGCACCUAAAAUUGGAAAGAUACGUCAGAUAGGCCCUAAGCAGUCUCAUGUUGAAGAAGGCACACAAGCAGCAAGAGAUGAAAGAAAUUCUAAUAAGAGAAAUGUUAAACAAGAGGUGCGAGAUCCGAGGAGAGUGAAAAAAGCCCAAGAAGACAGGCCUCAAGAAGCAGCAAGCCAGCAUUCCACAAAAGCUUCUCCUGAUCCAAAAGAGAAUGCAGAAAACUGGCAAGGAUCCAAAUCAGGCAAGAGGUGGAAAUCUGGUUGGGAAGAAAAUAAAAACUCCCAGCAGAAUGAAGAACACCAAGCACUUGGUAAAUCCCCUCACCAAAGACACCGGGAAAACUGGCCUAAUAGUAAAGGAAUUUUAUCACCCCGAGCACCAAAGCAGCAGCACCGGUUAAGUGUGGAUGCCAAUUUACAGAUUCCCAAAGAAUUGACAUCUGCAAGCAAGAGAGAGUUACUUAAGAAGGCCAAUGAACGCUUAACAUCUGGUGAAAUAACACAAGAUGAGUUCCUCAUGGUAGCUCAUCAGAUCCGACAGCUGUUCCAGUAUCAGGAAGGGAAGCACAGAUGUAGUGUCUGGGAUAGCCCUACAGAGGAAAAAUGUGGUUUGAAAAAGAAACCUCUUCUGUCGGAUGCAGAAUUAACAUAUUAUGAACAUAAGGCUAAACUAAAAAGAACACAAGUCCAGCAUUCAUUGUCAAGGCUUGAUCUGUUGGAUCCAGAUGAUAUUUUGGAAUACCAUAUACCUGAUUCAUUGCUUUCUGGGAUAGAAUGUGAGCAAGCAAAAGCCAAGCGUGGAGUACAGUUUGACAGGAAAGAACCAUUUGGAGAAAGAUCAAGGAGACACUCUCCUGUAAGUGGCACUAAUAGACCUUUUGCUGAUAACCUCUCACCACUUGAGAGUCGACGAAGACUUGAGGAACAGAAUUCAACUAAAGGAGCAAGAGGUUCUAAGAACUUUGAUCCUUACGACAGCUGGGGAGAAUCAGAUGAAUUUAGAGAUACUCUCAGACAACAGGGGAAAAGCACCACAGAGUUCCAGAAAAUAGAUGGUGAUGCAAUCUGCAGAUUUGAUAAUCGUGAAGAAAGACAGCUACUUGGGCAAGCUGGUGUUCGAGAGGAGCCAAGAUCACCAUUCAGUGAACGUUUCAAAAGAGCUAGAUAUGAAGAUCCAGAGAAAGCACCAUUUCCAGAAAGCCCAGGAUCACGAUUUGGAGGCAUUGAAGCAAAGCAGAGGAUAAGUGCGCUAAUGGAAGACAGACCUCUAUUUGAUGGCUCACCUAGGCAGGCUGCUUCCAGAGUUGGAGUAGAUGGACAGGGAAGCCCUUUUGUUGAUGGUGCUGCUGCUGGUUCAAGUUCUAGAAUUGAUGGGCCACCUGGACAGGCUGCUAUGAGAUUUGAGGGGCCUUUGGUGGGGGCAGGUGCAUCUCAGUUUGAUGGACCACUGGCAGGAGCAGGGGGAGCUGGAGCUCUAAGAUUUGAUGGGCCACCAGGGCAGCUGGCAGGGGGCCUGAGGUUUGAAGGACCACCAGGACAGGUUGGUGGUGGAGGUCCACUGAGGUUUGAUGGACCUCUUGGGCAGAUCGGUGGGUCUUUGCGGUUUGAGGGGCCUGCAGGGCAGCCUGUAGGUAGUCCUAGAUUUGAAGGAACUGGAGUUGGCCUCAAGUUUGAGGGUCCCCGUGGCCAGCCUUCAGGUGUUCUCAGGUUUGAGGGACUUCAUGGUCAACCUAUGGGGCCUCGAGGUCAGCCAGGGGGUGUUCUCAGGUUUGAGGGACAUCAUGGUCAGCCCUUGGGGCCUCAUGGUCAACCAGGGGGUGGUCUCAGGUUUGAGGGGUCACAUUUACAGCCAUUGGGGCCUCAUGGCCAACCUGGAGGUGGCCUCAGAUUUGAGGGGCAACAUGGUCAGCCUAUGGGGCCACAUGGACCAUCAGGUGCUGGGCUGAGAUUUGACGGGCCACAUGGACCAUCAGGUGCUGGACUGAGAUUGGAAGGACCACAUGGUCAGCCAGGUGUAGGUCCUAGAUUGAUUGAUGGACCAGUACACCAGGGAGCUGGUGGACAUAGAUUUGAUGGUCCUCUGGGUCGGGCUGGUCCAAGAUUUGAUGGUUGUCAUGCAGCUGCAUUUGAUGGUCAGCCUGGACAGCUGCCUCUCUUGCAAAGAUUUGAUGGAAUUCAUGGACAGCCUGGUCCAAGAUUUGAAAGGACACCUGGCCAACAGGCACAACCACGAUUUGAUACAGCCAUACCUCAAAGAUUUGAUGGACCUCACCAGCCAGCCUCUAGAUUUGACUUGCCCCUUGGCCUUCAAGGUGCACGUUUUGAAAAUGUAGCUAACCAUCCUGCCUCAAGAUUAGAAAUGUCACCAUAUGGACAAGGUGGUCCAUUUGUCGAACAUCCCGGCCAGGGCUACAAUGGACCAUCUCAUGGGAUGCCGUUCCAGAGACCUGAUAUAUUUGAUGGUUCACCUGGAUCAAAUUUCAAUGGGCCAGCUGGCCCAGGAGCACAGAAUUUCCCAUUGAGACCAGCUGGACAUUACUUUGAUGAAAAAACUCUUCAGGGUCCUCAAUAUGGGAACUUCAAUAAUAUGCCACUGGGAAGUAAUCAGAGGUUGUCGUGGUUUGAAUCUGGCCAGCAGCCAAACACCAUGCAGCAGCUUGCUCACCCUCCCCUAUCCUGGGGAAUGGGGAAGCGAAUUAGAGGAGUAAAGGUUCCUCUUAUGUCUGCUCAACCAGGGCCUUAUGGCCAAGGUCAACAGUAUUUGCCAAAUCCUGGAAGUUUUGUUCAGAACCCUGCAGGAGCCCUUCCACAUUCAUAUCCUGAUAACCAUCUUGGACAGCUUGAUGUCAAUGAAUUGUUUGCUAAACUGCUGUCAACAGGGAUCCUCAAACUGUCAAAAACUGAUUCCACUUCAGCACAAGUGAAUGAAACAUCAGCCCAGCCAGCUGCUGAAGAGGAAGAUGAUGACCAGAAUGAAGAUCAAAAUGUUCCAGACCUCACUAACUUCAUAGUUGAAGAACUCAGACAGCGUUAUGAUAGUGUUAUAAAUCGACUGUACACUGGCAUUCAGUGUUAUUCAUGUGGAAUGAGAUUCACUACUUCACAGACAGAUGUUUAUGCGGAUCAUUUAGACUGGCAUUAUCGUCAGAACCGGACAGAAAAAGAUGUUAGCAGAAAAAUUACACACAGAAGAUGGUACUACAGUUUAACAGACUGGAUUGAAUUUGAAGAAAUAGCUGAUCUAGAAGAGCGUGCAAAAAGCCAGUAUUUUGAAAAAGUUAAUGAAGAGGUUGUGUUGAAGACACAAGAAGCUGCGAAAGAGAAGGAGUUUCAGAGUGUCCCUGCUGGACCAGCUGGAGCAGUUGAGAGCUGUGAAAUUUGCCGGGAGCAAUUUGAACAGUAUUGGGAUGAAGAAGAGGAAGAGUGGCACCUGAAGAAUGCUAUCAGAGUAGAUGAAAAGAUUUACCAUCCAUCUUGCUAUGAAGAUUACCAAAACACAUCAUCAUUUGAUUGCACACCAUCUCCCAGCAAGACUCCUGUAGAAAAUCCACUAAAUAUAAUGUUGAACAUUGUUAAACAAGAAACACAAGAGUCCUGUGACUCACCUAAAGUCAAAGAAGAACCUGAUGACACCCCUACUGCCUGUGCAGAAGAGAGCACACCUGCAUCUACAGAUAUUAAAACAGAACCUGAUGAGUCUAUUUAAACAAACUGAGGUAUGAUUGUUUUUUUUACAGAAGAGCUGCUGUGUUAACUCUGGAAGGCAAAUACUUUUUAUAUGAAAUAAAAUCGUUCAAACUGAGGCAGGGCCUCAACUACUGUUUUGUUAAUAAAUACAUUUUUGUAUUUGAAUUUCUUAUUGCCUGCACAGUUUCAGGUGUCAUUGUGUGAAAGUUCUGUGGAUGCGUGAAAAUUUAAUGGAAUGAAAUGGUAUAUGUAAAAAUGUACAAUUUUCACUUGUGGAAAUGUAAAUUAUAAAUAAAAGAUAUUUUUGCUAUAUAUGGAGUGUAAUGUUUAUGCACACCAUCAAAUGAAGACAGUGUUUCUGUACUUUUUUCAGUUUAAAUGGAAUUAAAAAGAACUUUUGCUCAGUAAGAUUCAGAAAAAUUAAGUAACUUCUUUCAGUUAUCCCAUAGGUGGGUUAUCAAGGGGAAUCAGCGCAAAACUUCAGACAACCUUAGCUUUAUUUUCUUUUCUUUUUAAACUUAUUUAAACAAGCUUACAUAUCCAGAUAUAUUUAAAAAAAAAUAACCAAAAAGACAGUUCUUGGGUAGAAGGGGAAAAUUUAA